GCUGAGAAGAUCUACAACGGCUAGGUAAAUAUCAAACCCACCCAUUCCCCUCGGAGACUGCUAAUAGACGAGCAGGUAGGAUAAAUGCAUACGUCUUUUUCCGAACAAGCCGCCGAGUUCACCUCAUUCCCUCAUCUCCUUCUUCUGUUGAUCGUCACAUCAAUCGUUGCAGUGUCGCGUCUGCCAACCACAUCGAACACUCCCCAAAGCGGCCCAUCUCUUCUCUAUGGCGGCAGGCCGCACACGGGAGUGUGCAAGAUCAAACAAAACCGUCAUGCCAGUGGGCGCCCGAGAGAGCCAGGGGGCCCCGAGGGUCAGAGGGUACCAGAGAAGAUUACACCCACUGGUGGGGUGUUAAAAGAUCACCAGACCUCGAGGCAGCGAGGUAGCAAGACCCACAAAAAGCACGGACGGCAUGACCACUGAAUAAUAGUACGUCUUCAGUACUGCCUUGCGCCAUGGGGAGG